UCUUUUUAUACCUGUCCUCUUUUUUUAGAGCAAAAACAUUCCUUUUUCCUGAGCUUAGCACCAAAACUUGACAGAAACCAAUCAAACAAAAGUAUGUCAACAGUAGUUCCAAAGAAGCAACAUGUUGGUGUGCUUGCAUUCCCGUUCGCCUCGCACACCGGUAUCCUCCUUGUUCUGACGCGGAGUUUAGCGGCUGCUGCACCACACGUGACCUUCUCUUUCUUCAGCACUGCAAAAGCAAACCAGUCGUUAUUCUCGGCCCCGAUGCCAGAGAAUAUCAAACGCUAUGAUGUAUUCGAUGGGGUGGCAGAGGGCUAUGUGUUCUCAGGUAAGCCAGAGGAGGAUAUUGAGUUGUUUCUAAAGGCGGUGCCAGAGAAUUUUAGGAGAGGGAUGGAAGCAGCGGAGGCGGAUAUGGGAAAGCGGAUUAACUGCUUGAUAUCUGAUGCGUUUCUGUGGUUUGUGGGGGAGAUGGCGGAGGACAUGCAUGUCUCUUGGCUGCCACUUUGGUUCUCCACGCCUUGUGCACUCUCCGUACAUGUUUACACUGACCUCAUCAGGCAAAGUGUUUGCACUAGUGGUACAGAUGUUGCAGGACGUGAAGAUGAAAUUGUGACUUUCCUUCCAGGAUUUCCUUCAUUACGCCUUGGUGACUUGCCUAAUGGAGUGGUCAUGGGAAACUUAGAAGCUCCCUUUUCAAUUCUGCUAUAUAAAAUGGCACAUGCUCUUCCACGAGCCACCGCGGUUAUCAUUAACUCCUUUGAAGAAGUAGACCUCCUUCAUACAAAUGAUCUCAAGUCCAAGUUUCAGAAGUUCCUCAGUGUAGGACCUUUCAACUUCACAUCGCCUUUACCAUGGUCGAACAGGGAUGAGCAUGGCUGUCUAGCUUGGCUGGACAAGCACAAAGCCGCGUCCGUGGCAUACAUUGGCUUUGGUACCAGGGCAACACCUACGCCUAAAGAGGUAGGGGAAUUGGCCGAGGCACUUGAAGCAAGUGGUACUCCAUUUCUUUGGUCUCUUGGGGACAAUAUGACAAGGCACUUACCAGAAGGAUUCUUGGGGAGGACAAGCACUGGGAUUGGAAAAAUAGUGGCAUGGGCACCCCAGGUACAAGUGUUGGAACAUCCUUCUAUUGGAGUUUUUGUGUCGCAUUGUGGAUGGACCUUGGUGUUGGAGAGCAUUGCCGGUGGUGUGCCAAUGAUCGGGAGGCCAGUCUUUGCAGAGCAGCAAUUGAAUACAUGGAUGGUCGAAAACUUGUUGCAAAUUGGAGUGAGGGUUGAAGGCGGGGUCUUGACUAAAAGUGGUACAAUGCAUGCUCUGGACCUGAUUCUUAAGAAUGAGAAAGGGAAGAAAUUAAGGGAGCAACUUGGGGCGUUCAAAGAGCUUGCUCUCAAGGCUGUUGGACCAAAUGGGAGUUCAACUCGAAAUUUCAAGACCUUGCUCGAGUUGGUCACCAAGUGACAAUCUCUAAAACUAUGUUUGGUCAAAAGGAAGAUUCUUCCUUUUGAUUCGGGCCACCACGUCCUUGAAAUAAUUAAUGUUUAUGGGAUAUUUGUUGUGUUUUGAUUAGGAGUCAAUGCCAUCUUAGAUUGCUAAGAUUUCAAUAAGUGAAGUUACUUUCAGUCUCUAUGGGAUAAGAGAGAUUUUUUUUUUUUAGGAAAUGAGAGAUUUUACACGGUCACCCAUUAUUAAAUUGAAUUCUCCCACUAAUAAUGAUAUCAUAUCAGUGAUUGGUGGGUGUGCAGUACCUCUA